AGGAGUGGCUCAUCAUUGGACCAAUAAAAAGAGGCUGUAGAGAGGGAGCGCGUCAGCAUCUUUCAUUGUCACGGUCAACUACAACGAGCAAACGACCGCGCUACUGACACGUGCUACUCAUCUUUAUCCAGGUAGUGACGGAAGUUUGAACGGGACAUUUCUGAAUUUCAUUUAUAGACUCCAAGACAUACAAACGAAGAUGGGUGUUACAACAAAUCUGCUUCUCUGUCUGAUCAGCUGUUCCCUGUACAUAUCUUUAGCUCAUGGUCAGAGAAUACCAUUUAUCCGCUAUCUACGGACUGGAGGAGGGGGAUACCCAGUGAUGGAGAGGGUAUACCUUAAAUCGUCGGGACGCGAUCGGGAGCCAGAACCUGAAGCUAAGUGCGGCAAACCGAUGGACUCUUGCAUUCCUGACGUGACCGAGUGUUGUAACAACAUGCAGUGUCUCAACAAGGCCCACAGCUACUGUCUGUACCCUCUCGAGAUGUGCUUGUGUAUAUCCCCAACCUCGCACAACGUCGACAUGCUCUAAAUCACGUGAUAAUCCAUAAAAACCAACUGUGUUAAGCCGUUAGGAGCAUUGAUCAUUAUAAUACAUGAACAAUAAACAUUUUGUGAGAAAACAAAGCUAAGUGGUAUGUGAAGUAAUGAAAAGACGAUUACCAGUGCUCAUUUGGUAUAUUUUGAUUCUCUUUACCUAAGAACUCUUCCCUUACAGAAGCAAUAAGAUAUUAUGUAAUGUUUACUGAUGACAGUCAUUCUCAUGCGCGUAGUGAUACAUCAUGUACAUAUGUGUACGUCAACAACCUCGGGGUUUCCAUUGCUAUUUUCGGACGUAAACAGAAGUACCGGGGAUACGAGAUUUGUAACUCGGGUAAAUUAAUCAUUUCGCCUAUUAUUCAAUUUACCUGAGUUCCAUUGCAGUUAUCACCCGAUAACCUACACUAAAUAGAAAGUUAGUCCGGAAUACACUACAUUGAAUGUUGUCAGUGAUUGAUAUUAGAAACUUUCGUGUGUGAUUUCCGCACAAGUACUACACUUAAAACAGAUUAAUUAUAAAUCUAUUAAAUUCGAUUUAUACGUAUUACCGUGUUAUUGUCGUGUUAUUUUUUUACCUGAGAGGUUAUGUCUCUAAUAUUGUUGUACACGUGCAGAGACAUCGACACUGUUAUUCAGUUCUCCUAUUUAU